AUGUCUUUAAAAAGUGCCCUUACUCGACUAAAACGAGUACCAACAGUUCAGCAGCAGUUUAACAUCUUCACGAGUUUGAACCAAGUUGUUGAAGAACAGUUGAGAAAAGGCGAUUUGGAUCAGAGAAAAAGCGAUGCGCCGCUUAGAAACCUGCUAUGUGCGAUAAAGGACAACAUUGUAACUAAGGAUUUGCCAACUACCUGUGCAUCGAAGAUGCUAGACAAUUACAUGUCACCUUACAAUGCCACUGUGGUGGAGCUUUUGGCAGCAGCUGGGGCUGUCAAUGUAGGGAAAACUAAUCUUGACGAGUUUGGAAUGGGCUCUGGUGGUACCAAAUCGCAUUUCGGACCUACCAAGAACCCAUUGUUUCCAGGUGAAGAUGUGAUCGCAGGAGGAUCAUCAUCAGGAUCUGCUGCUGCAGUGGCAGCAGAUGUGGCCGAUUUCGCUCUGGGAACAGAUACAGGGGGUUCUGUUCGACUACCAGCCUCUUACACCUCUGUCUUAGGAUUCAAGCCAUCUUAUGGCAGGAUCUCAAGACACGGAGUCAUUGCUUAUGCUCAAAGUUUUGACACUGUUGGAAUUCUGUCGAAAAACAUCGACGUGAUCGACCGCGUCUUUAAGGUCCUGGAUAAAACCGACCCGAAGGAUCCCACAAGUCUGGAUGAAGACUCCCGCGGGAAACUGCAGCUCAUCAUACAACAAAAAGAACGCAACAGAAAGCUCAGAAUAGGAAUACCGCGAGAAUUCACUCCAGAGGGCAUUCCCUCGAGAUCUGUAAAAAGCUUUCUCGCCGUCGUGGAACGCUUAGCAGCCAAGGGACAUGAGUUCUAUCCAGUAUCGCUCCCAGACAUCAAACACUCUCUUCCUAUCUAUUACACUUUGGCUCCAGCUGAAGCCGCAUCAAAUUUGGCUAGGUAUGACGGGAUCAGAUAUGGUUUCAGAGAUCCGACAAAAGAUGCCAUACAAAAUGUCUUGUUCGCUCCUACAAGAGAAAGUUUAGGUCCGGAGGUCAAAACUAGAAUCGUUUUAGGUAACUACAACCUAUGCUCAGAAUUCAUCAACAACCAUUACAUCAAGGCACAAAAACUGCGAGUUGAAAUGAUUGACGAAUUUGACAGCAUUUUUGCGCUUCCAAAUGUUCUGACAGGUUCUAAUGGUGCUGAAAAUGGUGUUGACAUUCUGCUUUCGCUGUCUGCGAUCAGCGAACCAGCAACAAUAGAUGCUUACGAGACAGGAGACGCUCGAAGUCCUAUCAAUUCUUAUGUCAAUGAUAUCUUCACGACCCCAAUGUCUCUUGCAGGGCUUCCAAGCAUUUCAGUGCCCGCUGGAGGGUCUGACAAACCUAUCGGGGUACAGGUCACAGGCCAGUACGGUGAUGAUCAAAUGGUCAUUGAUGCAGUGAAAGAGUUGCUCUAA